AUGGUACAGCAAUUGACAUUUCAAGAUAUAAACAUUCCAGUCCCGGGAUUUGGGUGUAUGGGCUUUUCACAAAGUUAUGGACCCGCAAACGAUGACGAGUCAAAGAGAACUUUACAAACCGCUCUAGAUCUUGGAUGUACUUUUUGGGAUUCAGCCGUGGUCUACGGUAGAGGUCACAACGAGAAACUCUUGGGAGAAUUCUUUGAGGAGACCAAUUCGAGAGACAAGGUAUUUGUAGCUUCCAAAUGUGGUUUCGCUUGCUUUGAAGCGGAAUCAGGUCUGGGUAAUGUCAUCAACAAAGCUUCUCACAUAAAUGAAUAUAUUGAAGGAACGAAAGAGAGACUUGGAUCAUAUCCUGAUCUUUACUAUCUUCAUCGAAUAGACCCUAACACCGCUCUAGAAGAAUCUAUCACAGCCCUUGAUGGUCUCAGGAAAGCUGGAAAAUGUAAAUACAUCGGUCUCAGUGAAUGUGGUGUGGCAACGCUACGAAAGGCCUGUUCCAUCGCCAAAAUCGAUGCUUUACAAAUCGAGUAUUCCCCUUGGUUCACGGAUCAUGAAGAUAACGGUUUGAUCGAUGCUGCCAAGGAACUUGGAGUCAAUAUCAUAGCAUAUUCACCUUUGGGUAAAGGUAUCCUCUCUGGAAAAUAUCGAAAUCCAAAAGAUUUCCCAGAAGGAGAUAUCAGAAGAACGAUUCCUCGAUUCAGCGAAGAGAAUAUGCCUAAAAACUUGAAGAUCGUAGAUGAAUUUGAAAAAUUAGCAAAAGCCAAAGGAUGUACUCCUUCUCAAAUCGCCUUAGCUUGGGUAAUUAGUCAAGGUGCAAUCCCGAUUCCAGGUACGAAAACAAGUGAUAGACUCAAAGAGAAUUUCUUGGCUUGUGAUAUCGAUCUUGACGAAUCGGAAUUAGCAGAGAUCAGAGAUUUGAUACAGAGGGCUAAACCUACCGGAGCAAGAUAUGGUGAAGCAGCUUUAAAACAAGUAGGUCAUUAA